AUGGUCAUGGACGCAGACGCACGAGCGAGUGCGGCGGCGGCCGAGCGGCAAUGGGACGACAUGGAGGUGCCGGCUGUGGACAUGAAGGAUCUGGGCGGACCCUUUGAGGGCCCUGAGAAGCUGCUGGAGUUGUGGUUUGCUCCGAGUGUUGAGGCUCUGCCGGAGUGCCAGCGGGCGAUGGCCGAGCGGCACGUUACGCUCGGCGGGCGCCUGGGCCUGCGGCGGGUGCCGAAGAGCACAUGGGAGAGCAUGCUCGAGCUUGUCAAAUGUAAGACGCUGAGUAUUGUGACGAACGCGGACGUCGACGCGUAUCUGCUGAGUGAGUCGUCCAUGUUCGUAUACCCCCACAAGGUCGUCCUCAAGACGUGCGGCACGACGACGCUGCUGCUGGGCCUGGAGCGCCUGCUGCGCAUUGCCAAGGCAACGCUCUUUGACGAGGAGUCGCUAUCACUGCAGUCGAGCAGUGUGUCGAGCACCAUGCUGGCGGCCGCCCUCGCUGGCGAGGCGGACGGCAAGAUGCUGGGCUCGUACGUGCAGCGUGUCUUUUACAGCCGCAAGAGCUUCAUGUUCCCCGAGAAGCAGCAGGGGCCGCACCGCGACUGGGAGCUCGAGACGCAGUGGCUCGACCAGUACUUUGACCACGGCGCGGCGUACACGGUCGGCAAGAUGAAUGGCGACCAUUGGCUGCUGUACAUGGCGCAGCACACGGAUCCGGACGAGGCACCCGUGUGCCCGCGCGCCACUCGCGUGGUCGGCGACGACUCGACGCUCGAGAUCCUCAUGACCGACCUGUCGCCGCGUGUCUCGCAGAGCUUCUUCUUCGAUGCGAAGGACGACUGCAAUGCGGACCGCGCGCACGAGCUGGGCGCGCAGCUCUCGCGCAACAUGGGCCUCGCAGACCUGUUUGCACACACGCAGCUCGACGCGUUUGCGUUUGAGCCGUGCGGCUACAGCGCCAAUGCGCUCGUCCCCGCCUCGCCGCACCACUCGGCAGGCUACUGGACGGUGCACGUGACGCCAGAGCCCGGUAGCAGCUACGCCUCGUUCGAGACCAAUGUGGCGCUCGACUGCGAGGGCGGCAUGGACGACGAGGGCGGUGACCUCACGCACGUCCCGGCGCUCGUGCACCGCGUCGUGCAGAUGUUUGAGCCGGGUAGCUUUACGCUUACGCUCUUUGUCUCGACCGACGACCCGAGCAGCGUGACGGCGCUGCGGGCACUUACGCUGCCUGGCUAUGCGAAGCGCGAUCGCAUUUUGUACGAGUUUGAGGGCUACGAGCUGCUCUUCUUGUCCUUCCAGAAGAGCCUAUAG